AUUUGGGGAAGACAAAUACCGAACAUCAACUGCUCUCACGUCACUAUCGAGACUACCUCACUCUCUCCUAGUUGAAUCUCCUUGCCUCUCAUUUUUCAAGCAGCAUCCUAUCCCGCGAUAAUAUCUAUACUCCACCUAUUCUUACCUCAUAUACUACCUAAUCAGCCAACAUGUCCAAGUCGUUCACAGCCAAGGAGGUCGGCGAUCACAAGGACGAGAAGAAUGGCAUGUACAUCAUUGUCGACAGCGGCGUAUACGACAUCACAAACUUCCUUGAAGAGCACCCCGGCGGUGCCAAGAUCCUGAAGCGCAUGGCCGGCAAGAACGCCACCAAACAGUUCUGGAAGUACCACGGCAACAACGUUCUCGAGAAGUACGGCGGCAAGCUCAAGGUCGGCGAGCUUGCUGAGACGGCCAAGUUGUAGGACGAGAAUGAAAUCAUACGCAUAUACAACCGCGCAUGCGGGCCAACCUGUCCGCAAUUCGAUCAUCCAUCCCCAUAUCGUGCGCCAUAGAUGUCGAUAGCAGAAUUGGUCGUCUUGGUAUAGAAAAUGGGCUUUUCUGUGCUGUGAGUAGCGAAGAGGAUAGAACAGCUCUUGCGCGUCGCCAAUCGUACCGGAGCUUUGGCACUUAGGUCUAAUGGUUUUCGAGGAGUGCCCAAGGUCUCCUUUGGAAGCCUUUUGGGCGAGACAUUAUAUAUAAGUAUGGAACCGAUCAUCUUUGCUUUCUGUAUAGACGCAUAUAUAAGCAAGCGUUGCGGCUAGAUAAGAUACCCGAUGACAGAUCUUGGAGCCCGAAGAGAGAAUACAUCAUAUUUGAGUAAUUGCAAUCUAGCGCUACAAAGCGCCUACGCUCUUUUCAUUGAACCCGCUCUGUCCACUUAGCAAGUCAAUCAACUUUCAGAUUUUCUCAACCAUGAUCGUCGAUCCUUGUCUGCUAUUAUAUCGUAAG